AUGGAUCUUGUCCGAACAGCGAUCACCAGUUCUUUGGAACGCCUCAAACGUUCGUCCAGUUUGACAGUUAGUCCGCCAAUUAUGGAAACCGAUCCACUUUUACCACCCUAUUCCUCCAGUCCGGGAUACGAACGAGAGCGGCGUCCCUACCGACACAGGCAAGGUAGAGGAAUCAACACAACCCCGCCAAUCCCUCCGAUUCAAUUUCUCAGCGCCCUGUUCUUUGCCGGCGCCGUGAUAGCUUCAACAUACUGGGCCUACAAGAGCUACACAGCUCCAGAACGGACCCCACUGGAGCCAGCCCCUUUGCUUCCUUACUUUGCGUCGUUAUCCCUCAUCCUCUCUUUCUGUUCGUGGAUCGGCUACCUAGUUUCCAUCCUCUAUGAUCGCGAUGACAUUUCUCUGUUACAGCGGAAACUUGUCAUAUGGAUAUCAGUUAUUGGAAAGGUAGUGUUGGGGUUCGCACACGCAGUCAUUUGGUUCGAAUACAAACAAUUCUUUCCCGGCACAAAACAACCCAACUGGAUUAUUAUGUUUCUUGCGAUGCAAGCAUGGUGGGACUUUCUGCUAUUGAUCGGGUAUUCUAUGCUGCGAAUGAUUUAG